GUGUUUUACGAGUUGAAACAAAGCGUAAACAAGGGCCAAUUAAAGUGAAAAUCGUAGUGUGAAAAAGUACACACGAAGUCCAAAGUGUGAGGGGCGAAGAGCCACUGCCAGGUAAAGUAUUGAAGAAGGCAAGAAUGGACCGGGAUUCAGGAUACACAAUGUUGGGACCAGCAGAUAUAAAAAUGGAACCAAUCGAUAUCAAAGUGGAACCAGUCGAUAUCAAACAGGAAAUGGAUCCAGACAGCAUUAUGGGACGUGCGCCAAAAAUAAAGGGUCAACCUAAGAAGUUGAAGCAGGAGAAGAUAACUGACCAUGUGACGGUGAAAAAACGCAAGGUGGACCGCUUUAAGGGGAUGCCUGAGGAGGAGGUUGCCAAGAGACUGCUGCCUGACCACCUGGCCCCGAAUCUUGACAUUGUCAUUGUUGGUAUCAAUCCAGGCCUGUAUGCAGCCUUCGUGGGCCACCAUUAUGCUGGACCAGGCAACCAUUUCUGGAAGUGUAUGUACCUGUCUGGGCUGAUCCCAGAGCCCAUGAACGCCAUGCAGGACUUCAAGUUGCUUGAGUACGGUAUCGGCUUCACCAACAUAGUUGCUAGGACGACCAGGGGCAGUGCCGAUCUCACCAAGAAGGAAAUCAAAGAAGGUGCUCAACUGCUGACUGAGAAACUUCUCCAAUAUAAACCCAAGAUUGCUGUGUUCAAUGGAAAAGGUAUCUACGAGAUAUUUGUCGGUCACAAGAACUUUCACUUUGGCAAACAGCCGGAGCCUCUGCCUGGCACUAAAACGGCUGUGUACGUAAUGCCCUCCUCCAGCGCUCGAUGCAGCCAGUUGCCAAGGGCGGUCGACAAGGUGCCGUUCUAUGAGGCACUCAAAAAGUUCCGUGAUCACCUGACUGGCAAACUUCCCAAUCUCCAGGAGUCGGAGAUAACCUUUCCGGAUCUGGCUCUGAAAACUGCGGUGAAAAAGGAACCAAAGGUUGAGAAUCUCGAGGAUUAUCCCGGGGAACUUGAUUCUAUGUCUCAGUUCUCACAUCAAGGGUCUAUGGACUCUGCAGAUCAGUUCUUGUCCGGCUUUGAACAGCAGUUGUCUCAGUUCAGUUCAGGGUCGUAUCAGGUCAUUCCUCACACUUCGGGUAUGCCCAGUAUGGGGUCUAGUCAGUCCACCUACCCACAGCAGAAUGACUUUUCUCAUAAUCAUCAGCAUCAAAAUCAUCAUUACCUUCAGCAGCAUCAGCAGCAAUCGCAGAAGCAGACCAGUUACAGUCCGGCCAUAUCUAGUCAGUCUUUCAGGGAACCAGUCUAUUCCUCUGAACAGGAAAUGAGAAAUGGAAAUCUGCCGAGUCAUGAUGGCGGACAGAUUCGUGUAAAACAAGAAGCAGUUGAGAGAGAUGCAGAUAUGCAAUCAUAUAGCAAUAAUCAUAAUCAUUCUAAGACAAUUUCAUUGGGUCAAAUAGAGGUGUACAGCCAAGCAAAUACAACACAUUCAGAUUCUCAUAUGAACAACUUUCUCAAUGGUCUGUAUGGAAUGGUGAAUCAGGUGGCUGGCAGUCAGAGCAGCCAGUCAAAGUACGGACUUGUAACACAUUCAAGUAUCACUCAGGGUGGACCAGUCCAGUUUAAUGAUGCUCUGAGGGACAUCGUUCGCGAAGGCAGCACAGAAGAUGAUUUUGAUCUUGGACCAGGUUUGUCCUCAUCAUCAUCGUCAAACAACUUUGGUAAAAAUUCUGCUGAAGGAAGUCCUCAGGGUGUGAAAGAAACCAAGUCUUCCAAGGGUAAAGCUUCCAAGACCUCUAAACCGAGGAAAAGAAAAUCGAAGGCGAAUGAAAGUUUUGAUGAUGAGGAGCCAGUAAAUUCUCCACCAGUCCAGCAGAAUGUCUUGCCACCUCCGUUAUCACAGUCUUCUACCUCGCCAUCAUUGCACCAGAUGACCUCAUCUAAUACUCUGCCAUCAUUCCCACCUUACUCGAGUCAAAUACCGUACAUGACCAAUCCCAUGAUGGCAUACGCAAACGCUUCUUAUAUGUCACAAAUGUCUGCAAUGCAAAGCAUGUACAUGCCUCACUCUGGUUUUCAAAGUUCUAUUAAUAGUAACAACCAGGGGUAUCCCCAGAUGUUGACCAAUGGCUAUCAACCAUUUAUGGGAAUGGCAGGAUAUCCCAGUUUUGGAAUCAAUGGGGGAGGAUAUGGGGGAAUUCAUGGUCAAGAUGGGACAGGAAUUCCUUCAGUGCCCACAAUAAAACAAGAAAAGCCAGAUUAUUGAAGCUGGACGGCUUAAUGAGAUCUUAUUAUUUUAUAGAGCAGAACUACACUGCAUAACAGACAAUAUUUAAAAUCUUUGUGAAAUCACGUACAUCAACAUAUCUAUUAUUUACCAGUAUAUUGAUUAUAUGAAUUAACUAAUAAUAACGCUGCAGUAAUUAAAUGAGUAAAUUUGAUGUGCUUAUGACAAAAAAAUCUUAAUUUUUAUUUGGUGGUUUUGGAAUUGCCUGUCUUUCAAUCCUGUAGAUGAAAUACUUGAAUUAAUUUUUUUCUUGAACUACACAUUCCGAAAUAAUCAGGGAUUUUUCUUGAUGUUUAUGGCAAAGACUGUCAAACGAUGUAUAGAUUUGGUCUAUGAAUAUGGAGACAUUUGUGUGUUAUGGUUUCUGUAGCAUAUGGCUACAAUUGUGUGUUAUGGUUUCUCUAGCCUUUAUAGGUUUUGAUAUUACUAUUGGAAAUGUUUUAGGUAACAAGUAAUUUUAGAGACAUUUUGUUAGAGUAUUUUCAAUAUUUAAAAAAAUAUUUACACAUUUGUAUUCAUAAUUGUACUUAAAUUAUUCGUUUUCUGAUUUAUGUAUAUUAAAUUAUUCGAUAUGUUUGCAUUUUUGGCAAACCAUAUAUCUUUGUUAGUAAUAUUGUUUGGCUAAUUACAUAUCUCAUAAUCUUUUGUUAGUGAUACUGUUUUUGCUUUCACUUGCUUUCUGUUGUAAACUUUUAUUAUUUUGUAGUUAGUUGUUUUGCAUUUCAUGCUAUAUGCCAUAAGUUUUAGAUAACAUUUUCGUUCAUGCCUUAAGCUUCCAUAUAAUACCUGAUUACAUUGUGCUUUUUCAGAUUAUUCAUAAGGUGUUGCAAUUGAUAAAUUAUAAACAUUAAAAAGUUGAGCCUUAGAUUUAAGAAUAGGCUAAAAAUACUAAAAUAUUAUGAUUGCCCUUUUAUCACAAUUUAAAAAUGCUGAUGUUGCAGUAUUAAUGUUUAUGAUUUAAAAUGGCUAAACUGAUCCAAACAAACAAGUCCGAGUGAUCAAUACACAAUGAAACAUGCUGAAGUUGCAGUAUUAAUGUUUAUGAUUUAAAAUGGCUAAACUGAUCCAAACAAACAAGUCCAAGUGAUCAAAACAAACAAGUUGUAGCAUUUGUCUUUGUCUUGUAGUGUUUUUUUUAUUCAGACUUCAGUUUAUAAUGACACCAAAAUCAUGGUCAAUAUAAGCCUGAUAUUAGACAGUGUAAUCAUCAAACUGGGGCUGGUGAGCCUGGUAUGGUGGUCACUGUAGAGGAAAGGGGGUACUUUCAGUACUUAAAAUCUCAAGAGCUGGAAAUGGCACUAUUGUUCAAAAUUUGUCCCAACCUUCAUGGGUCUAGGAAUGGAAAUUAUGUAUGAAUGUUGGUUCACACUUCAGGUCCUCACAUAAUGCAGUCAAUGACCUCAUAAACUUACGUAAUUUACCAACAGUUGUAUGGUACCAUAAGUUCAUUUGCCUGAAAAUGUUUUUUAUUGCAUAAAUGCUUGGCCUUUCGCAAGAUGUUGUUGAAAUGCUUAAUAUUAUUGUUUGUUAUGUGUUUCCUUUUUGUCUUUUAAUGAUUAGCUUUUAAUGAACCUGAAGUUUACAAAACAACAUCUGAAUAUUUUUUCAGCUGGCAUACUGUAUAAUUUUAAUAUUAAUAUUAUCAACAAAUAUUUUUAUUUGUUACAAUGUUUUUUUCUACUAUUUCUUUAUAGUUUUAGUUUUUAACAUAACAUUUUACAAUGUAUUUAGAUGUUUUUAUGUAUUAUGACAUGUUCAAUGUGAAUGUUCAUACAAAAUGUGUUCAUGGAAUGUGCAUGGCCUGUCAGUGGACAUUGCUUUUAUUUAACCAUAUCCCCCAUGAGAAGCAAAGUGAAAAUGGCUUUUACAACCAGCAUAAAACCAGAACAGCCUGCGGGUAACUCGCUGUCUGUUUAGGUUUUAUUCUGUUUACUUCUCAUCAGUAUCUAAUGGUUGGAAAUGAAGCCUUUAAAACUUGAAUCUAGUAAGAAAGGUCUUUAAUUAAAUGUAACUUUCUAAGGGACUACAAAUUGGUGAAAAUACGUAUCUAAGUGGUCUAGCAAUAGACAGGUGUGUUCAUUUGAAAAUAGUCAUGUGCAAUUCCACAGAUUCAUUUGAUUUGUACAAUCUUUAUUUUAAUGGCAUUUCUACAAUGUUGAUUCUAAAUUAUUUCUGUACUAGAGCAUUACUGAUGUGUAAUAGAUCUUUCCCCCAUAUUUGCUGUUGUGAUUGCACAUAUUUGCAAAUGAGAUGUCUCACAAAUAAUGCCAAGAUAUUCUUUGUGUUCACAUAUUUUACACUGACAUUUGACACUGAUGUGAAUCUGUCUGUAAAUGAAAUAUAAUGUACUAUAGUAGUAUCAUUUUGUAAUUGAGUCAUUUUUACUACAAAAAUAAACAUUUUUCUUUAUGGUCAUAUUGGUAUCAGUGUUCUUGGUCCAGCUGACUGCAUGUUUCACAUGACGAGCUGGGAGCCGUUUCAUUUAUGGCUGCAGCUUAAUUGCACGUUCUACAAAUUGCAACAACUCAAGGGCAAUUAUAAAGUUUGCAUGUGUAAGUUUUAUGAAACAUAAGGGUCUUAAAUUUGAAUUUCCAUGUAAUAAAUACAGGGAUGCAACCAAAGAUGAAACAGCUUCCAGUAUUUUUAACUUAAUUUGAUUUUUAAGUUGAUGCUAUACAUGACUCAAUGAAACGAGUGACAAAUAUGGUUACUUAUAAGCCGCGACAAUCGAAAAUGGGUAUUGUGCAAUAUGCAGCCAGCAUAGCUACCAUGUCCACUGAUGAGACCAGUCACCAUUGAACCUUGGGUGGGUUGAUCCUGACCAGACUGCGCCACUGCCAUAAGACCCAUUUUCGCAUGAUGCGGAUCAUAUUAAAUACAUGUAUAUCAAUUUACAUGUUCACUUUAGUUGAACAAAAAAGUCAGGUGACCAUACAAAACUUUGAUCCCAAAAGCCAAUGUCAGUUGUUGUUAAAUGGAUUUAGUUGUGUGUUCUUCUUUAGUGAUGUACUUGAAAUUAAGACAUCAAAUAUUUCAACUUAUGAAUCAUAUACAUCACAGUUACAUGCCACAAACAUUAUCAUAUUUUUAUCUAACGUUAUCAUGUUCUCUGAUAAAUGUUUUGUUAGUUCUACAUUGAAAAACAUUCCUGGGCCAUUUCCCGUAUAAAUCUCAAGUCGCAGAUAACGUAAACCAUGGGUAUUUUAAAUAAAUAGAAAAUGAAUAGGUACGCACAUGAUAUUGUAUAAAUAUGAAGACCGCAAUGUAAUAAAAGCGCAGUACAAUACUUAUUAUUUUGAAACUUGAUUAAAUAGUUUUUGUUUG